ACGAAAUUCACAAUCGUGGACUCCAGGUCAACGGAGACUGUCAUGAAUCUCUCUGCAUGACUCAGUACUGUGUUAUUCACGAUCGAUCAGCCCCUUCGAAGUUAAAAGUACUCAUCAAUCAUACAUAGACUUAAAACAUACAUGGCAUUCUCUCUUUCCAUUUCCGCUGUGCUGCUCACAUGGUGCAUCUCCAUGUUUCUUUUUUUCUUAGUUACUGGGGCUUUAGUUCUCUUUCGUCGACGCAUGGUUAAGAAAACUAAACCAAAGUCGAUAGAAAGAAAGAAUGGGGACUUUUUCUCAAUAUGGAAUUAUGAUGGACACAUUGCGUAUGAAGAGAUCAUUAAAGCAACCGAGAACUUUGAUAUUAGAUAUUGUAUUGGAACUGGUAGUUAUGGUAGUGUUUACAAAGCCGAAUUACCCGGCGGCAAAGUGGUUGCCUUGAAGAAACUUCAUCGAUUAGAAGCGGAGAAUAAAGCUUUUGAUAAGAGUUUUCAGAACGAGGUAAAGGUGCUGACAGAGAUUCGACAUCGAAAUAUUAUAAAGCUUCACGGUUUUUGUUUACAUAAGAGAUGCAUGUUUUUGGUGUAUGAGUACAUGGAAAGGGGAAGCCUAUUUUGUGUACUUCGAAAUGAUGCUGAAGCUGUAGAACUGGAUUGGAACAAGAGGGUGAACAUCAUCAAAUGCACAGCACAUGCCUUAUCUUAUAUGCAUCAUGAAUGUAUGCCUGCACUUGUUCAUCGGGAUAUAUCGAGCAACAAUAUCCUAUUGAACUCUAAAUUGGAGGCAUUUAUCUCUGACUUUGGCACGGCUAGACUCCUUCAUCCUGAUUCCUCUAACCGAACGUUAGUUGCCGGAACUUACGGUUAUAUUGCCCCAGAACUAGCCUAUACCAUGGUGAUCACUAAAGAAUGCGAUGUUUAUAGCUUUGGUGUGGUGGUAUUGGAGAUUUUAAUGGGAAGACAUCCAGGAGAUCAACUCUUGACUUUAUCAUCAUCGUUAUGGUGUCAGGAUGCAGUAAUGUUACAUGAAAUUUUAGACCAGCGCUUACAGCCUCCAAAUCAUCAAGUUGCAAAGGAUAUUUGCCUUGCUGCUACACUGGCAAUUGCUUGCCUAAGCACAGAACCAAAUUCUCGACCUACAAUGAAACGUGUGUCCAAAGAUUUUCUUUCCUGCAAGAAGCCAGCAGCUGAGCCCCUACAUUCAGUUUCACUCUGGCAUCUGAGGAACCAAGUACUACAUGAUUGGAAAGAAUGAAAACUCAAUCUUGAAUUUUAGUGUUCCACAGAUGUUUCUCUAUUUUUUUCGUCACCUGGAUCUUAUAUUUAUAUAUUU